AUGCAUCGCAAACUUCUAGAGGAAGGGGCUAAACCAACUCAAGAGGCUCAACGCCGACUCAACCCUCCAAUGAUGGAAGUUGUGAAAAAGGAGAUCAUUAAGCUUCUCGAUUGUGGGGUCAUUUACCCAAUUUCGGAUAGUCGUUGGGUUUCACCGGUUCAAGUUGUACUAAAGAAAUCAAGAGUCCCUAUGGUAAAAUUGAAGAGAAUGAACUUGUCCCGACUCGUAUCCAAACAGGUUGGAAAGUUUGCAUUGACUAUGGAAGCUCAAUGCCACCACAAGGAAAGAUCACUUCCCUUUGCCGUUCAUUGA